AUGGCUAUUAUGAGACCACUCUCUCAAUUCUAUCGUGUUCAUAAGAUCAGAGUGUUGGUCUUAGCUGAAAUGAUAAUUUGUUGCGUAGCAAUAUUAGUAGCAAUACCAUCCCUUUUUAUUGCUACUGUCUACCCUAGCGAUGUUAAAUUGUGUGAUAUUCCAUCAGUAACCCAAUUAGUAGCAUUUUACUUUGUAACUGCUGCUGUGGUCUUUUAUUUUAUUCCUGGAAUUGUUUUGAUAGUUUGUUAUAGCAGAAUAAUUAUUUACAUGCGAGGCCAUGUACAACCUGGUGAAUCAUUCCGGGAGCAGUUGCAGCAACUACGAUUACAAAAGAAAAAAUACACCAAAGCAUUUAUUACUAUUGCAAGUGUAAGCUCGCUAGUAACUUGGCCAUUUUGGGUCUCAAGCAUUGCUUUAGCGAUAUCUCAAAAAUCUUUACUAGAUGUUAAGAAAACUAGUGAUAUAUUAUAUGCAUUGAUAUUUGUAUCAUUUGCUACAACAACGGCCAUUAGUGUAGUUAAUCCAUUGCUAUAUUUAAGAUUUGAUGGCAACAUAAGAGAGAAGUCCGGAGCUAUUCUUCGAAAGUUUAGAUCGCUUUGA